AUGGCUUCCAACCAACUUCUUCAGACCGUGAGCUUUACCUGUUCAAUACUCAACUCUCUUAUCGCCGGAUGCAUGUCGACAAUCCCUAUCUACGGUCCACGGCUGAUUCUAGACAUCGGGUACACGCAGGCUCAGCUCAAUGCUGUCAUUACAGUUGCAAUGCUUUCGGCAUAUCUCAUGUCUCCAGUCGGCGGCUACUUGUGUCGGCAACUAUCGCCGCGGGUCUUGUCUCUGAUCUGUGGAGGUCUGCUAGGUGGAGGGUAUCUUCUGACGGCGUCUGUAUUCUUCGUUUCCCAUCGCCCCAACGUUGAAGCAGUCGGAUCCUCGUUCUGGAAGGUUCUGCUUGCCCACUUUAUGAUUGGGAGCGGAACCAGCUCAAUCCAGCUCAGUGCUCUUGAUGCCUGUGCCAGGAACUUGCUACAGAGCCGCUACAAGGGCAUGUUGAUGUCUGUUCCAGUGACAGCUGUUGGCGUGGGUGGCAUUGCACUCAGCCAGAUGGCCUCUCAUCUUUUCAUGACGAAUCAAGACCCUGGAUCUGCUCCUUAUCUAGAUGCGGGAAGGUUCCUUGUUCUAUUAUCCUCGCUGGCGAUGGCUGUUGGGCUAAUCAGCGCCGUUGGACUAGUCGUUGUCCAGAAGGAGGUCGUCAUGCCUCCGGUUCUCAUCACUCGAGUAGAGGACAGUGACCAAGCCGAUCAUCUCAUCCCCAAGCACCAAGCGCAGGCGACUUAUGGAACAAUCGACGAAGGGGACGCUUCGACGUCAGUGAGCAGUGGUUCCUCGAACUCCGGGCAGCAAGUAUGCAAAGAGGGUGAAAACCCUCUCUUCCGGGACCAAGCGUUAUGGUGGUUCAUGGGUGGAAUGGCUCUUCUCCCAGGCACCAUCGCAGUCUACCUGAAUAACCUCGGGACCAUCACUGCGGCCAUGAGCGACGACUCGACUGACCAAGGUUCUAAACUUGUCCAGCAAAUCACCAUCUUGUCCACCGUGGCCACCGUCACACGCCUUACACUGGGCGUCAUCUCUGACCGUGCGGCUCCAGCUCCGGAACUGCCUCUCGGCCAGACCUCAGUCUAUCGGACGAGGUUCAUCGUUCUCAUCGUUCCUGCAAUCCUCGCCUCGAUUGGAUACCUGCUUCUCGCGACACCGCUAGCUGGGUCGCAGUACUCCAACAUUGCUCUUCAUCUCUGCAGUGCCUUGCUGGGACUUGGAUAUGGCUGCAACUCUGCUGCCAUGCCUGUCGUCGCUCAGGCAUGGGGCCCGGAGAGCUUCUCCGUCAUCUGCAGCUGGAUUAGCCUCUCUCCAGCCCCCGCCAUUGCGGUCUGGGGCUGGCUGUACUCGUUCCUCUACGAGUGGGCACUCGAUACUACAAGGUCAAGUCAGUGUCAUGAGUGGAGCUGCUACGGUAUAUGGGCUUUGGCCUCUUCGGCGACAGCUAUCUGUGCCGCAUUUGCAUGGGCGAUGUCGUGUGCUCAACUACGGAGCAGGGGGAUAAACGUGUAG